AUGGCUCGUGGUGCUCAAAAGGAACAAUCCAGACAAAAGGCCCAAAAGGAAGCUGCCAAGCGUGCAGGUAAGGGUUCUCAACUUGGCGCUCGUGCCGCUGGUCUUCAAAUCAAGUGCCCCAAAUGCUUCAUUGCUCUUGCCAAUUACAACCUUUUGAAGCAACAUAUGGAGGCCAAGCAUCCCAAGGAACCUAUUCCUUCUGAGAGCGACUUUGCUGCCAAAUAA